AUGGUCGGAAGUCGAGAGUGCUUGCGAAAUAAUUAUCCUUUUCCUUUGAAGCAAUUCUCGGAGGGUGAUAGACACAAGUUCAUUCAUUUCAUCCGCUCAGAUCAGGCCUCUGACUGCGUCGCGAUCUGUCGAAGUAACCAAUACACUCAUUUGACAGGAAAGCUAGACGCAGAAGUACUCGAUAGCCUACGAAAGAGCUUGAAGCAUGUUUGCAACAUUGGAAGUGGCGUCGAUAGCAUCGAUGUUGAGGCCUGCAAGAUCCGUGGAAUCCAAGUCUCGAAUACUCCAGCCUUAGCCGCCGAAGCUGUGGCAGAAACUGUCAUCUUCCUCAUCUUUGGAGCCCUCCGCCGAGUUGCGGUGCCGCUACGCACCGCCCGGAAAGGGCAAUGGCAGGACGAUUGUCCCACUGGAACUCUCAUGUCGAACAAGACGAUCGGUCUUGUAGGCAGCGGCGAGACAGCGAGUGCCGUGGCGUCUCGCGCUUUGGCGUUUGGAAUGAAAGUGCAAUACUGCACACGAACCGAAUCCAGUCCUUCUUUGCCUGGUUGCACUAGGAUCGACUUCGCCGAACUGUUGAGAAGCAGCGACAUCAUAUCCCUGCACGUUCCACUCUCACCAGAGACACGGCAUAUCCUGAGCAAAGCGGAGUUCGAGGUUAUGAAGCCUGGUGUGACCAUCAUCAACACUGCCAGAGGAGGCGUGGUCGACAAUCAGGCACUUCUGGAUGCUGUACGAGAAGAGAAGGUAUGGGGUGUUGGGCUGGACGUGUAUGAUGAGGAACCGCAUAUACCGGCAGAGGUGAGGGAGGAUGAGAGGUUCUUCAUUUUGCCGCAUGUCGCUACAAAGACGCAUGAGAUUCGUGGGGCAAUGGAGAGGGUUAUGAUUGAGAAUCUGAAAGCUGGAGUGUUGCGAGAUGGGUGUGAUGGAGUGUUGCAGAAUCCUGUAUGA